AUGAAGAUUGAAGAAGACAUGGAUACAUAUACACAAGAUGGAACUCUUGACAUUCACAAGAAACCAGCAAACAAGAAGAAAACAGGAACCUGGAAAGCUUGCAGAUUCAUUCUCGGAACUGAGUGUUGUGAAAGAUUGGCUUACUAUGGUAUGAGUACUAAUCUUGUGAACUAUCUAAAGAAACAACUGAAUAUGGGAAACGUCACUGCUACAACUAGUGUCACAAACUGGCAAGGAACAUGUUACGCUACUCCUUUGAUCGGUGCUUUUAUCGCCGAUUCUUAUCUCGGUCGAUACUGGACCAUCGCUUCAUUCGUCGUCAUCUACAUUUGCGGAAUGACGUUAUUGACGUUAUCAGCUUCGGUUCCUGGUCUAACACCUACCUGCAAAGGAAACGAUUGUCAUGCAACAGCGGCUCAAUCCGCGGUUGCAUUCGUAGCGCUUUACUUGAUCGCGCUCGGGACAGGAGGGAUCAAACCUUGUGUCUCCUCCUUUGGUGCUGAUCAGUUUGAUAAUACAGAUGAAAAAGAGAAAGAAUCAAAGAGCUCUUUCUUCAAUUGGUUCUACUUUAUGAUCAAUGUUGGUGCAAUGAUUGCUUCCUCUGUUCUCGUCUGGAUUCAAAUGAGUGUUGGUUGGGGUUGGGGUUUUGGAGUUCCUACAGUCACAAUGGCCGUCGCCAUCGUGUUCUUCUUUGCCGGAAGUAAGUUUUAUAGGCUUCAGAAACCAGGAGGAAGUCCACUCACAAGAAUGCUUCAAGUCAUCGUCGCUUCUUGUAGGAAAUCGAAAGUUAAGGUCCCUGAAGAUGAAUCUCUUCUCUACGAGAUUCAAGACGCCGAAAGCAAUAUACAAGGAAGCCGAAAACUCGAACACACUACUACACUAACAUUCUUCGACAAAGCAGCAGUGGAGACAGAGAGCGACACAAAACAAGCAGCUAAGUCGUCAUGGAAGCUAUGUACAGUGACACAAGUAGAAGAGCUUAAAGCAUUGAUCCGUCUCUUGCCGAUUUGGGCCACAGGGAUUGUCUUUGCCGCAGUUUAUAGCCAAAUGAGUACUGUGUUUGUACUACAAGGCAACACAAUGGACCAACACAUGGGACCUAACUUCACAAUCCCUUCUGCAUCACUCUCCUUAUUCGACACACUUAGUGUCCUCUUCUGGACACCCGUCUAUGACCAGCUAAUUGUUCCRCUYGCCAGRAAACACACGGGCCACGACCGCGGAUUCAYGCAGCUUCAACGGAUGGGAAUCGGACUCGUAAUCUCUAUUUUUUCUAUGGUCUCAGCUGGAAUCCUAGAGGUGGUAAGGUUAAGCUACGUCCGAAMACACAAUCUCUACGAACAGGAAAUCAUUCCGAUGACGAUUUUCUGGCAAGUUCCACAGUAUCUUUUAGUCGGUUGUGCCGAGGUUUUCACUUUCAUAGGCCAGCUUGAGUUCUUCUACGAUCAAGCUCCUGAUGCUAUGAGGAGUCUUUGCUCGGCUUUGUCGCUCACGACUGUCGCUUUCGGGAACUAUCUAAGCACAUUGCUUGUGACUGUGGUUACUAAAGUCACGACAUCCGGUGGAAGACCAGGCUGGAUCGCGAAGAAUCUGAACAGAGGUCAUCUUGAUUACUUUUACUGGUUAUUGGCUGUUGUGAGUUUCUUGAAUUUCUUGGUCUACCUCUGGAUCGCUAAAUGCUACACUUACAAGAAAGCAACGGGUCAUGCACUAUGA